GCUCGGCUCCGCAGCUCCAAUAUGGCGGCGCCCUGUGGCUCCUCACAGCUCUCAGCCGCCGAGCCGCCGCUGAAGAUCCCUAAGAUGGAGGUGCUGUCUCCCGGCUCUCCCGGGGCCCUCAGCGACGGCAACCCCAGCCUCUCCGACCCUUCCACACCCAGCGGCGCUUCCCCGCUAGGCCCCGCCGGGCCGGGCUCCGUGGCCGCGGCUACCUCGGCGGGGACUGGGGCCGGCUCGGGGGGCGGCGGCGGCGGGGGCCGCGGCGGGGCCUCCCCGUCCGUUUCCUUUUCGCCCGGAGGCACAGCCACGGCGGCCGCCUGCCGAGGCGUGUCGUGGACGCCAGCCGAGACCAACGCGUUGAUCGCCGUGUGGGGCAACGAGCGGCUCGUGGAGGCGCGGUACCAGCAGUUGGAGGGCGCCGGCACCGUGUUCGGCAGCAAGGCCCCCGGGCCCGCCAUGUACGAGCGGGUCUCCCGGGCCCUGGCCGAGCUGGGCUACGAGCGGACACCGUCCCAGUGCCGCGAGCGCAUCAAGACUCUUCGCAGGUGUUACAGCCGGGUAAAAGAGCAUGGCGUUGGGAAAAGGAAAAGCAGUUACACCUUUGAACAGCUGGAGCAGGUGUUUGGUCAAGGAGGAUGGGACUCUCAACCCUGCCAGCCUGUGCUUAUCAACAGCAGUGGCCUAUACCAAGAGUUGGAGUCAGACGGCAGCACUAUGGAGGAAUAUUCGCAGGAUGAAUGGGGGAACCACAGUCAGGACCUUCAUUGCUACCAGUCAGGAGACCAAGAGUUAGAUGAAAUGCCUGCUAUGAAGAAAUCAUUGAAGAUAAAACAGGAAUCUUCUGAAGGAUCCCAGAAGCGUGAUAUGAUGCAGAAUAUUGUACAGAUCUUGGAAUCCGUCCAGUUAAAAUGGGAAUUAUUUCAGAGCUGGACAGACUUCUCUAGGCUGCAUCUUUCUAACAAACUGGCCAUUUUUGGCAUUGGCUACAACACACGGUGGAAGGAGGAUAUCCGCUACCACUAUGCGGAGAUUAGUUCCCAAGUCCCCCUUGGCAAGCGGCUCCGGGAAUAUUUCAACUCGGAGAAACCAGAGGGCAGGAUCAUAAUGACCAGGGUACAGAAAAUGAACUGGAAGAACGUUUACUACAAAUUCCUAGAGAUCACUAUUAGCGAAGCCAGGUGCCUAGAGCUGCACAUGGAGAUUGACUGGAUUCCUAUUGCUCACUCUAAGCCAACAGGUGGAAAUAUUGUGCAGUAUUUAUUACCUGGGGGUAUUCCUAAGAGCCCUGGUCUGUAUGCCAUUGGUUAUGAAGAUUGUCACGAGAAACUACAGUCUCCUGAUCAUGAGGGCAUCAGCCAAGACCCUGAAAAUGAGACACUGGGGGAAGCAGAUAUGCCCCUGUCACAAGCAUCGCUCAAAGUCGAGAUGGAAUCCACCCGAAUAAUAUAUUGUUACCUUGGUAUUGCCGAGGUCAGAACUCUUCAGCAGUGCUUGUUCUUACAUUUUCAAGCAAACACCAAAACCUUCAGCAAAGAGUGGGUUGGAAUCAAUGGCUUUUUAUCUCAAAACUGCAUUGUAGACCCGGGAAUUUCUCCCAAGUCCAUCUACAUCAAAUUUGUAGAAGUGGAGAGGGACUUCCUUUCUGCUGGCUCUUUGGUAGAGUGUCUGGAAAAAGCCAUUGGAUACCCCUUGAAAUUUAACAACUGAAUUUCGUCCUUCAUAAGGAUUGCAGGUUUGACUCUUCCGUGGCAUUGGGGCGUCUUACAGAAUCUUGCAGUACAGGACUGGGCGAAAUAAGCCUUCCUGAAUGAACUUGAACAAAAAAAGACACUUGCAAUUGAUUUUACAAAAUGUGUAUCCCAAGUCAGUAAAAUAUACAGCUUACUUGCCUUGGGCCAGUUAGCUGGUUUUGUAAAGAGAAGACUCUGAAAGGGAGCCUGUAAAUACAAUGACUGUUGGUACAUUCCAUGUUGGACAAACGUACACUUUGCGUUUCAUAUGAAAAAGCUGUUUUCCACAAUGUCUCAUUUUUACACAUCUUGUCUCGAUAAGUGUUAUUACAAUUAUGUAAUAAAUAAGCAAUAGAUAAUGGCAAGUUUAAAUUUGGAGUCACUUGAGACUGUUUUUCAGUGCCACCCUUUGCUCCUCUUGUAUAUAAUUUAGCAUUUCACUUUUUUCACCCAUCAAGUGUUUUUUACUAUUUCCAACCAGUGUUGCCUGCAAAAACUUCUGUUUCUGUGAUGUAUCCCACUUUACUAGUAGUGUUGCCAUAUCAGCUUUUUUUUGUUAUUUUAUUUUUUUACAUUAAAGUAAUCCCUGGCAUUUUUAAACAAAUUUAGUUCGCCUCUUUAUGUGGCAGUGAAAGUAACUCAACUGCUGGGAUGCAUUUUGCCAUACCGUGUUUUUAUCAAAUACAAUCAAAGCUGUGAGAAGG